AUGCCGUCAUCACCAAGAGACAUGUUAAGGUUACCCCCAAUAGAUUCUCACCCAGUGCUGAUUGCGCGCAAGCUUCUGGUCCUUGGUACAUUUCUGCAAGGAAUGCCACCCUAUCUUACCCGAGACUCGAAGGAACGUGGUAUUUAUUUAUGCUCAAUAAUGACCCACGCCGUCGAUACAGCCACAAGACUAGUAACUACCAAUGACGAGCUCAUCGGCUCUGUCGAGGGCAUCGAGUGUAUUAUGAUCGAAGCCAUGUAUCACAACUACUCCGGAAAUCUUCAUCGAGCAUGGAUAUCAAUACACCGCGCCGUUGCCAUUGCCCAGAUGUUGGCGUUACACCGCGGUCUCGGCUCGUCGUCCUUGAAGAUCCUCGAUCCCGAGACUCGAGCUACCUUCAACUCAAUCCAGAUUAGUUUUCGACUGGCCCAAAUGGACCGUUAUCUUUCCAUUAUGUUGGGUCUACCAUAUAGUUCAGUCAUCAAUGACUUCUCUACUUCUCAAGCACUCGAAAACUGCCACCCCAAUGGAAAAUUGCAACGCAUUCACUGCGUCGUUGCUGGAAAUAUACUUGAAGGCAAAGAGGAUGAUAUGAACGGCUUUGCCAAAGUCCACGAGGAUGAUUUGCUUUUAUAUAAUGCCGCAUCUGAGAUGCCGCCUCAGUGGUGGAUGAUUCCGAAUUUCACGUCCAGAGAUUACGAUGAAACAAAUAUGUUUCGUGACACGAUUUCUAUCAUGGAUCAAUUCUCGCACUACCAUUUGCUUAUGCGGCUUCAUUUACCUUAUAUGCUGUGUAACUCUUCUGAACAUCGAUACAAUCACAGCAAGCUCACUGUUCUCAACUCUGCCCGCGAAAUACUAUCUCGCUAUCUAACGUUUCGCACUUCUAACCCAGCAAAAUAUUACUGCCGUGGCUCCGAUUUUCUCGCGUUCAUGGCCAUUACAGCAAUCUGCUUCGCUCAUAUCAGUUCUCAUACUCAGACUCAAGCCCUUGAUGAAUCCUCGAACCCAGGGACAGUUUUGAACUCUCUUGCCCACAGCCGUCCAAGUGACCGCGGCUCUAUGGAACGUACCUUAGAGCUCAUCGAGUCGACGGCCCGACACGAUAUUGAUGAUAUCGCUUACAAACUCACCCGGAUAAUCAAAAAUAUACUCAUAAUCGAGGCUAGUGCCGCAAGUGGCGACAUGUACAGCGUAAGCUCAUCGGAAGAGGGCAAGAGAGAGCUUGACUGUGAUGCCCGAUUGACCCACGGCGGAAAGGCUUUGUAUAUCCGCAUUCCGUAUCUUGGCACGAUCAAUUUCGAACAUGGUGUUAUCUCAAAAUCCAAUUCAACGUUACCAGACAUCUUACCCAUGACGAUCGCGAAUACAUUGGAUCCGAACCAGCCGGCAAAUCAGUUGCCGCUUGGAUCGGAAGAGCUAUCUGCAGUUCACAGCGAGAAUCAAUUUAACUGGUCCUAUUCGAAGGCGAUACCAUCAAGUCACCACCAAAUUUCAUCAUGGCAACAAUACUCUGCGUUUUAUGGAUUUGGAAUCGCGAACAGUAGCGAGAGCGAACCCGCGCAGCUACUUCCGUCCACAGAAUUUACAUUAAACGAUGAUGAAUGGUACCUGCAAGGCAUUGAUCUGGCCUUCUUUGAUAGUAUUUUACGUGGACAGAAAUGA